GUAGUUCGGGGCAGGGCCAGCCGCGGGCUAUGGAAGGGUCGCUGGCUAGCGGCUCCAGGCUGGGGGAGAUCGGCUUCUGGGCUGAGAGGACGCCUGUUCACGAAGCGGCCAGGAGGGGAGAGAUCCUGCAGCUGCAGCAGCUGAUAGCGAAUGGUGCCUGCGUAAACCUGGUCACCUACGACUCUAUCACCCCCUUGCAUGAGGCGAGCCUGCGAGGUCAGACGCAGUGUGUGAAGCUCUUACUUGCAGCAGGGGCCCAGGUGGAUGCCAGGAACAUAGAUGGCAGCACUCCGCUCUGUGACGCUUGUGCUUCGGGCAGUAUUGAAUGUGUGAGAGUGCUCCUGUCCCAUGGAGCGAAGGUGAAUCCUCCGCUCUACACGGCGUCCCCUCUCCAUGAAGCCUGCAUGAAUGGGAGUUCGGAGUGCGUGCGGCUCCUGAUAGAUGUCGGUGCGAACCUGGAGGCCCACGAUUGCCACUUCGGAACUCCUCUGCAUGUAGCCUGUGCCCGAGAGCAUCUGGAUUGUGUGAAGUUACUGCUCAAUGCCGGGGCAAAUGUGAAUGCAGCUAAACUUCACGAGACAGCCCUUCACCACGCAGCCAAAGUGAAAAAUGCGGAUCUGGUAGAGAUGCUGGUUGAAUUUGGAGGAAACAUUUAUGCCCAGGACAACCGAGGGAAGAAACCAUCCGACUACACGUGUAGGAACAGCCAGACUGCUCAGUGCUUGGAGUACUAUGAAAAAACACCCCUGAGCUUGUCGCAGCUCUGCAGAGUUAGCCUGCGGAAAGCCACCGGCCAGCAAGGGCUGGCGAAGAUUGCCAAGUUGAAUAUUCCUCUGCCAUUAAUGAAAUACCUCUCGUACAACUGACCGAAAGAAGCUCAGGAUGGCCCCAAAACAAGGGGAAGUGGGAUGGACUCAGAACUCCAUCGUCCGUCACAGUCCGGUCCCUUCGCUAACUAUCCGCUAGCGAGAGCGCCCUUGUCAGCUGCCUGAGCAACGACGGCACCAGGCGUAAAGAACAAGAUAGAGACUGCCCGGCAGAUGUCUGAGCUGGUCACCCUGACCUUGGGAGCUCUCGCUCAUUGCCUGAUACCUAGCCUGGCUGGCUGCAUGUGAUGGCAGCCUGCAAUAAUAGUACCUAGCUCUUUAUAGAGGGCUUUUCAGCAGUAGAUCUCAAAGUGCUUUAGCGUUAUCCCCAUUUUACAGAUGGGGGAACUGAGGCACAGAGGGGUGAAGGGACUUGCCCGAAAUCACCCUGCAGCCUAGUGGCAGGGCCGGGAACACAACCCAAGUCUUCUGCAUAUUCUACGGCCAUUUCAACAAUGGGUGAAGUGACUCCUGAUUUGUAAAGAGCUUUGGGGCGAAAGAUGCAAGCGAAAUGUCCACUAUUAAAUCUUUUCCAAGUCUCCUUGGCUGGGUCUGUUUAGGUUACACCUGUAGCUUUAAAAACAACAAGGAGUUCGGUG